UAGUUAUAUCAAACGGUCCGUCAACGAUGAACGAACCAAAACAUUGCAUCUAAUUGCAAGAUUGCCAAUAAAUCCAGAUUUACCGCAUAUAUUUCGUGACUAUCCACAUGUUAUUAUAAUUCAAAAUAGACUAUACCUAAAAUAGAAGUUUGCUAGCAUUGUACAUUUGAUUAAAUAGCUCCAAUUGUUUAGAAAAUGGGAGAUUCCGAUGAAUGGACGAAGUAUGUUAACGACCCAAGAACCAUCUGUAAAUAUACUAGUAAAUGUUAUCAGAAGAAUCCGGAACAUCAUAAAAGGUUUAAGCAUCCGCCGCAUAAGAUUGGUAAAGCAAUAAACCGGGCUAAGGGUCGUUUGUCGCCAUACACCAGGCCUUCUCCUCGUCGAUCACCUGCCCGGCAAGAGAAGUGUGAGUCACCGAGCUGUAACAAUGAGGAUGCAGUGGCAAAAUCGGAUGAUGUCGCCAGUGAUAGUAAACCUGAACAACUAGAUGAACAAGAACCUGAUGACCAAACAGUUAUAGAAUUCCCUAAAAAAAUAACCUUUUAUGACAAAAGUACUGAUAACAGUCUCCUAAAAGAACUCUUCUUAGUAGAAAUGCCUGAUGACUUCUUCAAAUUUUUUGAGUGUAUUAGUGAAUGUGGUAAAUCAUUUGAAGACACAUUGUCCAGUGUGAACCUGAUGGCAAUAGGUCCAUUUGAACUGUUGAUGGGAAAGUUGCCUAAGUUAGAUAAUAAAGAACUGUAUUUAGUUCAUUGGAGAUUCUUCUAUGAUCCUCCAGAAUUCCAGGCAAUCCUCAAGAACAAGAAGAAAGAUAGUCAGUAUCACAUUGGAUAUUUUCGUGAUGAUCCCAAAGAGGCACCAGUGUUUGUUGCAAGUAAUGAUAGUGAGAAAAACUAUCACAUCACUCCUAUGGCCUACAAUUUAUUUGGAGCUGUUUAUAAAUACUUGCAAAAUGAGAAGAAGCAUUCCCCAUUUACCUCAAUGGCCUGCCAAAAAGUAAUGGACAAACUGAAAUCAUAUGCAGAAAAGAACAAUAUUUCUUUAGAGGAGUUUGAUAUGAAAAAGAGAUCAGCAAAUGUGGUAACUAAAUCUUUCCAUGGUGCAGGCAUUGUGGUACCUUACGAUAAGAAAACUCAAAUAGGAUACAGACGCUUGGUAGAAACUGAUGCUACUCUGAAAAAAAUGUUUACUAAGCUAGAAGAGGCUAUAAGCAAAACAGAAAAAAUGGGACUACUCUCAGAGUUGCAGCCUGUCAUCACCAAUAUUAAUAUUGCCCUGGAUGAAUCAGAUUUUGGAACUGGUAUUGAGGGUGGCAUAGCCCUGUUUUGUUCUGGUUUACAAGAAUUGGCACAACCUGCUAUGAGUAGCUUGGUUUCUGCAUACUCUGUGCUAAAUAGGAAUUCAUUUGGAGACAUAAUUAAGGCGCAUAUCAAGUACCGGCGUAAAGGAGCCAAUGUUUCGCUGCUCCACAUGUCUGCCUCAAAAUAACAGUUUGUCAGAUACUUUGGAACUAAAUGUUGUCAAGCAGUGUAUAUUAAGCCAAAGCUGACUUUCGAUUCAUGUUUUGGUUAAUAUUGUCCCAAGAAAUGUUUUUGACUUAUGUAAUGUGUAUUGACUACAGUUUGCAUGCAUAAUAUAAAAUUAUAUUGCUUCAGUUCAAAAUGUAAUUUUGUAGCUUGAUGGAUAUGUAAACACCGACACAGUGCCUUUUUUAAUAAUAUUAUUGUAGGUACUUAUUUAUAGUUAACUAGGGAACACAUAAUUUCAAUUUGUUACAUUUAAAAUAACAGUUCAAAACUGUAAAGUAGGUAGGUUUUUGUAUUGUUUUUUUUAAAUUAAAACCAAUCAUUUAAUGUUAUAAAUCA